AUGAUCGUGCUCGUGGAGGUGAUGGUGAUCGUUUGCCGCACAACCAUCGUGGUCGAGAAGAGAAUGGUGCUGGUGCUGCUGGUGACAGUUGAUACGAGCGGCGGUGUUGAAGUGACGAUGUUCGUACCAGUGCUGGUAAUGGUCGUGCUCGGUGUGAUGGUUAAUACGGUGGACGUUAGUGUGAGGGUGGACAUUUCCCCAACCCAUCCCCAUUUGCUGCACAGCCAACACCAUCUUCAUCAACACCAUCCCGUGCUAGUAAAUUCGGUAGGACAGGCAUCUAUUUGUCUCCCAACGACAUCUACACUUGAUCCAUCGACAACAACUAUAAGUAGCACCGAAACGGACACCCUAACGGUGGUGGUUAGUCUUACCGAAACGGUCACCCUACCACCAAACACACAGGCCACCCUUUCGCUUAUCACCUCCACCGUACCGGUAACGGCAACCCUUCCAACGUCAACCGCUACCGUAUCGAUCACCGAAACUUCCACCCUAACACUUCCACCGCAAACUACCACCUCUACCGCGCUCUUCUCGACUGUGGUCACCGUGCCGGUAAGCUCUACCUCCACGAUAACGCUGACCAACACAGCGACGACACGCGUAACCGUUACGGUAACGGAAUCUUGCACACCCACGAUGGGAUAG